UAAACAGUCAGCCAUCUGCCGCAGUCAGUUAGCUCCAGCAGCCAGCCAGCCAGCGGGAAUGGAAAAUGGAGGACUAACCGAAGAAAUAGCGAGGACAUAUCAUCGUUAGUUCUAGCUUGUAGCAAACCCAGUAACCUUGAUGAUUACUACCAAGAAGCCUUUUGUUUCGUUUGAAGCACCCUGUUACCCAUCACUACUCAACAACAGACAUUCAGUUUGAAAGUAGUGAUUGACUCCAUCAUCUAUGGAGGAGAAUGUGAGCCCUGAGCUCUCUCUAGCUCCUGAGCCAGAGCAGAGCCAGGACCCUAUGGAUAGCUGCUCUCAAGCCGUUGCAGAAGAGGAUAAAGAGGGAAAGGAACAGUUUCAACUGCAAGAUGAGAAUGUUGCUAAAGAGAAGCUAGAGGUACCAGAUAUAUCUCCCAAGGCCAGGGGUGAAGUGAAGAAGACUUGGGGUUUCCGUCAGACCACCAUCGCAAAGAGAGAGAUGCCAGGUGAAGCAGCUGCCGACACUCAAGAAAACCGCUGUCCUGUACGACGUAGCGGCAGGCAGUCCAAACGCACUGACAAAUUGGAGGAGUUCCUCUCCACCACCAAAAGAGCGUCAAGAAAGAGCGCCCCUCCCACCUUGGAGAGCAGCGACCCCCCCUCCCAGACCCCAACUGACGCAGAGACGGCCUCAGAGGCCAGCUUUGACGGUAACACAGAUACAAAGGCUCUAGACGAUAAAGUGGAGUCCCCAGAGAGGAGGACAAGGAGCGGGACAAGAAAACAGACUGUUGGGAAGACUCGAGGUGCCAGACAGACCCGAGAGGGCGGUGGACGUACAGUCAAAGAUGAAGGAAGCUCGGACAAUGAUGAGGAUGGUAGUGCCAAGAAGCCCCAGUCACAGGACAAUGAUGAGGAUAAAAAAGAUGAAGAACAGAAUGAGCCCUGUCUGGAAGAAGUAGGGAGUGGGAAGUCAGCACAGCCUCAGCCAGAGCAGGACUCUGAGAAGAAAGAGGUUGUGGAGGAGGACCAGAAAGAGCAGGAAGCCAGAAAGGACAAACUGGAGCCAAAAGAAGAGGUAAACCAAGAGGACGAGGACGAGAGCAAAGAGAAGCCUCCAACCGCAUUUGCAAAGCGUGGACCAGUAAGAACUUACACCAACAAGAAGAAGGCAGCCAAUAAAAACAUCACCCCAGUUAGUAAAGCUCCUCUUCCCGUCAAUAAGGUUAUUACUCCUGUCAAGAGGGAAACCAAGCCUAAAGGAAUUCAACCUGCAGCCAAGCCUGGCACAUCCCAGACAGAUGAGGAAAAUGAAGAUGAAAAUGACUCUUCAACUUCUUCAUCCUCAUCAUCCAUUGAGUCUGAUGAUGGAGGAUAUGACCCCAACGCGCUGUACUGCAUCUGUCGCCAGAAACACAACAAACGGUUCAUGAUCUGCUGUGACCGCUGUGAGGAGUGGUUCCACGGAGACUGUGUAGGUAUCACUGAAGCUCGUGGGCGCCUGAUGGAGAGAAACGGGGAAGACUACAUCUGCCCCAACUGCACUGCCAAGAAGAACAAGGUGGUCAGACCUGCCACAGCUGCCCUUUCUGCGGGCACGGAGUUGGGGAAGCUCAAAGCCGAUGCCGCUGCUGCCGCGUAUGCUGCCGACAUUCCUGCUGCCACUUCUUCUCCAGCUGCUGGGGUAACUGACCCCAGAGCAGUAGACCCCAGCGCUUCAGCCAGUCAUUCUGCAGCAGCCCCUACACCUGCCGCAUCCACCACAUCCGCUCCAGCAGAAGAGAAAACAGGAGAUGAUCUGGGCAUCAAAGGCAGAAUAGAGAAAGCCACUAAUCCAACUGGGAAGAAGAAGAUAAAGAUCUUUCAGCCGGCACUACAGCAGACAGCGCAGCAGAAAACCGAUCAGAAGGCGACACCAGCUGUUGAACAGAGGAUGGCACCCAAAGCGGAGCAGAAAGCAGCACCAACUGCAGAGCAGAGGGUAGCAUCAAAUGUGGAGGUGAAAACAACGCCGGCCUUAGAGCAGAAGGAGGUUCCCAGGGUGGAGAAAGCUGAGGAGUCUAACCUUCCCAAAUGCAUUGGGCCUGGCUGUGAGAAUAACGCCCAGCCAGACUCUGUCUAUUGUGGCAACGACUGUAUCCUGAGGCAUGCUGCUGUGGCCAUGAAGUCCAAGGAGAGGGCCAAAGCACAGAAGACCAAGUCCACACCGAAGAGGAGCACCGUUGGUGGGAAAAGGCCAAAUAGGAAGUCCGUGGAGGAGGAGUCAGACAGCGAGGAAGAGCACGAUCCUGAUCUGGAUGACGACGAAGAAGAUGAGCACGCCGAGGAACAUCCGCCACCUCCAGCUGCUGCGUCCUGGUCCAGCGACCAUAAUUACAAUGCAGUAACGCCAGAAAAGACUACACCCAUAUCACCUACAGUGUUAAACAAAAAGUCACCCCCUAAAGAGGAGAAGCAAAGUGAGAAGGAGCAGAAGGACAGGGAUCCAGCCCCUGCUGAGAAGUCCUCCCCAGCUUCCAAAACACCCGUCAAAGUGAACAAGAAGUCCCCGGCCACAAAAGGAACCAAGACUACCCCAAAGGGCAAGAAGCCUUCCCCUCAAGUCACCAGCUCCAAGUUCUCCAAGAAACUCACCACACCUCCAAGUAAAACUGCAGCAAAGUCCAAGAAACCAGCUCCGUCGUCUGCCCCUGCCCCGUCUCCCUUCCCUCCAGGUCCUGUCCACAUAACAGGAGCACUGCGAGUCACCAAGUCCACCUUCACCAUUCCUAAGAAGCAGCCCCAACAAAAAGACACCCAAUCCCACAGUCAGACCUCCUCGUCCUCCAGAGUCCCAUCUUCUCCUGUUUCAUCAUCUCCCUCCAACCAUUCCUCCUCCUCCAGACCUCCCCAACCAGCAGCUUCUGCUCCAUCCAUGUCCCCCAUGCCUCCACCAAACAACCAGAUGAGACAGAACAUCCGCCGCUCGCUCACAGACAUCCUCUACAAGAGGGUGAGUGACAGUGAUGAUCUGAACAUGACUGAGAGUGAGGUGGGAAGACUGGCUGUUGCCAUUGAGAAGGAGAUGUUUAACCUGUGCCUUAACACUGAUAGCAAGUACAAGAACAAAUACAGGUCCCUCAUGUUCAACCUGAAGGAUCCUAAAAACAAAGGCUUGUUUUACAGGGUCAUAGGAGGUGAGGUUAGUCCCUUCAGAUUGGUGAGACUAAGUGCUGAAGAAUUACUUUCUAAAGAGAUCUCUGAGUGGAGGAAGGCUGACCCUCCUGAGGCCCAGACUAACAGUGCCAGAGCCCAUUCAGGGCAGUCCAAACUGGGCAGCAGGCGUGAGUCUGGCCCCCAUAACAUGGAUGUCGAGGAUGCCCCACCAACAUCCGACGCAGAUGUAUGUAUCUCUACCACCUCUCCAUCUUCUCGCAUGGCUUCCGCGGCAGACCAAGAUGAGACCACUCCCUCAGUGUCAGCUCAGGUCUCUGCUGUAGAGGGGAAUAGUGGCAGCAGCAUGCCAGACAUUUUCAAUACCAUGCUCAAAGACACCACUGCUGAACACAGGACUCACCUUUUUGACCUCAAUUGCAAAAUCUGUACAGGUCAGAAGACAGAGGAUGAGCCAGCAGCUAAGAAAGCCAAAUUGAUGAAGAAGCCAGACACUAAGCCACCCAGACAGGAGCUGCGUUCAUCCAGAUCUUCGUCAGGGGAUGUCCCUCCUGCCUACCAGCAGCAAGUGCCCCAAGGCUACCAGCACCAAGACCCCAUGGUCUACCAACACCAGAUCCCUCCAGUGUACCAGUCGAGCAUGGAGGCACCUGUCUCAGAUUCCCAGCCUCAGCUUUACCAAGAGGACCCGAGCAGUAUGGUGCCCCCAGCCCAGGUCCCUGCACCCGUGACCAACCCCACUGUCUCCUCUGUCAGCAUCACUCGCAGAGACCCACGAAUGGCCAGGCACGGCUCCGGAGUUUCCGUUACUCAUGCUGCCCCAGAAACACCUACAGUGAUGCCCAUCUCAGCAGAGCCACCCUCAAUUUCAGUUGCUGCUCCAGUGGAGGUUGGACCCAAAGGACCCCUACCGAUGCCACCAGCUCCCCCGCCUUCAAUGACAGUGUCCAAAUCAGCAAAAAAUAGUACAUCAGAGCCGCCUCCUGAGGGUGAGACGGCAAUUUUCCUCCAUGGUCAGGAGAAGAUUUGGAAAGGAUUUAUCAACAUGCAGUCUGUUGCUAAGUUUGUAACCAAGGCUUACUUGGUUUCAGGAUCCUUUGAAUAUUUGAAGGAGGAUUUGCCAGACACCAUUCACGUUGGAGGGCGAAUAUCCCCAAGCACAGUGUGGGAUUAUGUUGGGAAGCUGAAAACCUCACUCUCCAAGGAGCUGUGUUUGAUUCGUUUCCACCCUGCCACAGAGGAAGAAGAGGUGGCAUAUGUCUCUCUCUUUUCUUACUUCAGCAGCAGGAAACGCUUCGGUGUGGUGGCUAACAACAAUCGUCGCAUCAAAGACCUCUAUCUCAUCCCACUGAGCUCCAAGGAUCCACUGCCUUCCAAACUCUUACCGUUUGAUGGGCCAGGACUUGAACCAGCACGUCCAAACCUCCUGCUAGGGCUGCUGAUCUGCCAAAAGGACAGAAAACGGGCUGGGGCCCCUUUAGAAGUUGAGGAGAAACGGUCCAAAACUCAAACCAAAGACACUGAUGACACUGGCCUUCCAAAGCCAUCUGCGUCAAUCAAAACAGAGAAAAGCGUACGACCAAGCCAAGAAAUUCCCUUCAGCACAACUCCUCCAGGGUCACCUCCAUCCCUCAGCUCCUCAGAGACCCCAAGCAGCUCCAGCUCUGUAACCAGCUCCUCAGUUCUUUCCUUUUUGCAGGCUGUCAAACCCCCUACCACAUCCACACCUAGUGGUAAAGACUCUCCAUCCUCAAGUGGCUCUGUUGCUUCCUCAGCACCAACUGCCACUCCUCUUCAGACAAUCCUAAACACUCUUUUUGGUAAGAAGAAGCAUGACUCCGAGGCCUCUAACUCUCCCUCUGAACACAGUGUGGAAGCCUCAGCCCCACCACCUACAAUGCUAGAUCCCAUUGUCCAGCAGUUUGGCCAAAUUUCUAAAGAGAAGGUAGAUGAGGAUGAAGAUGACAGGCCGUAUGACCCAGAAGAAGAGUAUGACCCCAGCAGGGGCUACAAUGUGCCUAAGAAGCCUGUUGAUAUGGUCAGUGAACCUGAGGUCUCCAAACAGCGUGAAGAGACACCCAAUGAGGUUGAUGAUGUUGCAUAUGACCCUGAGGAUGACUCCAUUUUUGAUGAGGUCAAACCUGUAGUCCCAGGUCAAGCCAAGGGUACAGCUGAGUGUAUUGCAGAACCACAAAAAAUCCUGGAGGACAUGAAACAGAUUGGGGAUCAGAAAUGGCAGAAACAGGGAGAACAAGUUCAGCAGCAAAUGUCAUCCGUGGUGACAUCUGCCACAUCCUUCUCAGUUACAGAUACACUAAUAACACAACCUGCCAAAUCCCUAUUAGCUAAUAGUCAGCUACUGCAGCUUGGCAAAAAGGUUGAAGAACUGGUUAAGUCUUCAUCAGUCGCUCCCUUGAUCAAUCAGAGAAGAGACCCCCGGCAGAGCAGGGAUCCUCGCCAGGCUGCAGCCAGCAGGAAACUGACUGAUGAGCCUGAGGAGAAAGAGGAGAUCCCCGAUGCCUUGGCAGACACUACACCUUCCUCACAGCCUGCAUUUAAGAAAACAGAGUUAGCCGAAGUAGUUGAACCUGAACACCGAAAAUCCUCAGAAGAACCUGAGACACAACAGCCUCAAGAUGAGGUGAAAAGCGAGACGCUUCCCUUCAUGGAUUCAGACAAAGCAGAGGUGUCAAUUCCCUUGUUAGGAGAGCAGAUGGAACCUGAUAUGGAGGUCAACUUCAUGGAAGAAGAAGUGAAAAAUGAGGAAGCAGAGACACCUGAGGCCGAAACUGACAUAGAUAAGUACAGUAUUUGGCCAAAUGCUGCCAGUAUUUUAAAAACUGGUGAUGACUCUAAGUAUGAGCAGAACAGCCAAGAUUCAGACUCAUCCAGCUUUUUCAUUGCCUCCACAAAUACUUCUACAGUAACGUCCGCAAUCCCAGUACUUACUCAGAGCACAAUGGGUGACACUCAUUCCCAUCACAUGCCACAUAUGUCAUCAUCAGGCUUUCAGAAUGAGUACAGACCCCCAGCUGAUGUUCCCCCACCAUCCAACUUCCCACCACCUCAUCCAAUGCAAGGAUCAAACCUGAUUAUUAGGCCACCACCAAUGUCUAUGCCACCACCCAUGCAAGGUCCUCCAAUGUCAGGCCCCCCACCUAUGCAGGGCCCCCCUCCACCUAUCCAUGUUCCUCCUCCAAUUCGUGGUCCUCCCCCCAUGCAAAACGAUGGAAGCCAGCAAUAUGGCCCACCUCCAGGGAGCUACCCUCCCUAUCAGAACCAGUGGGGAGGAACCCAGCCGCAGCAGCAGCCGCCUCCUGGACCCCCUCCCCAGAAUAUUAUGCCACCCAGAGGACCACCACCACCUUUCCCUCCAGUGGGCCAGAGGGGCCCCCCUCCUCAAAUGUUUGAUCCCUCCAUGCCCCCUCAGCACAUUGGACAGCAAGGUCCCCCUACAGGCCUGCCCCCUCCUCCUAGUUUUGAUGGACAGAACAGCUUGCCUCCACCAAGAUUCAGUGGUGGUCCCCCACCACCAUUUCAAUUCCCUGGGUCCAGAGGCCCACCUCCACCUUUCACAGGACCACCCCCUGGUCACUUUGAUAACAGGCUCCCUCCUCCGUCCCACUUCCCAGGGCCUAGGGGUCCCCCGCCGUCUCAGUAUGGUGACCAUGGGUCUCAACCCCCAAUGGUAGAGCCUCCUCGAGGUCCUGUCGAUCAGUAUAAUAAAGACAAUGCUAACUCUUUCAAAAUUGGUGUGGACCAACAGCAGAACCAAAACCCUGCUCAUAUGUAUAAAGAAAACCAGGGCCCCCCACCAGGUUCUGCAUACAGAGGCCCUCUGCCGAACCAGUAUGAGGACAGAAGAGGCCCACCUUCCAGUGGGGAGAUGGGCGGACAGCAUUUCCAUCCACAUAACCAGUAUGGCGGCUCCAGACCGCAUUCUUCACCACCACAUAGAGGCACGUUUGAUGAACAUCGAGGACUUCCCUCUCAGGACAACAGGGCCCCCCAGCCUCAGCAUUUUGGAGGGUCAGAACGGUAUCGCUUUGACAGGCACUCAGAAGACGGCAGACCUGUCCGUCACAGUGGGCCACUACUGCCAACUCCUUCAGAGGGCCCAAUACCUCCGCCAGGCCGCAUGGGUGCCCACAGUCCAGACCUGCACAGGGAAGAUCACUGGCGACGCCACUCUCCUGAUAUGAGGAGAAGGAGCAGCUCUACCCGAGAGGAAUCAGAGCCUCGUGGUGAUCGCCUUAGUCGCUUCGAAGGAGGACACCGAGAACCUCCUCCUGGCCCCUCACACCUUUCUGAAGAGAGGCAGCGAGAGUUGUCUGAGGACCGGCGGAGGGACAGAGAGCGUGAGGGCCCCCACUCCGGCAGGCCAUCCUGGGACAGGGCACAAGGAAAACGCUGGAGCCGAGAGCGGGAGUGGGACAGAGGCAGAGAAAGGGACCGGGACAGGGAGCGUAGCCGAGAGAGAGACCGCAGCAGAGGCAGGGAGGGAGAGAGACACAGGGAGACAGAGGGAGAGCGACACAGGGAUCCAGAAGCAGACAAGAGGAGAGAUCGAGACAGGGACAAGGACAGAGAAAGGGACAGGGACAGAGGCAGGGACAGGGACAGGGACAGGGACUCUGACAGGAGAGACUAUGAUCGUGACAGAGGGAGAAUCCGUGACCGCGACAGAGAGCGUGAACGUGACCGAGAGCGAGACAGGAGACGAAGCAGAGACCGAGACCGUGGGAAAGACCGGGGCAGGGACAGAGACAGGGAGAGGGAUAGAGACAGGGACAAAGACAGAGAUCGCCGGGAAAGGAGCAGAAGCAGAGAGAGGAAAGAGGACAAAAAGGAGAGUAAGCAUGAUGUCCCUAAGGAUAGUGAUAAACUUGCAGAAACGGAGAAUGAUAAAAACAUGUCCUAGUCUCCAUUUGUUUGACAUCAUUACAGUGUUAUGAAAGACCUUUGAUCCUUCUCCAGUCUCAGUCAUUACUGUCAGUGUCCAUGAAUAUUAUUCCUGAAAGUUUCAUCCUGAUCUUGUUUUGUUUCCUUAGACAAAAUAUUUGUAUUAUCUUUGGCCACUCAAAAGUUUAUAAAUUUAUUUUAUCACCUCUAAGAAAAAAACUGAAUGCCAUCUUAAGUUGCGUGUGUACAGGAUGUAAAACUGAGUCCUAUUAAAUGUACCUUUCUCCUAUCAAAGCUCUUUUAAAAAUAACCACAAUGAAAGUAACCGAUUUAACAAGUCGUCUGCAUAGUGUAAAUAUGAAUGUAUGUAUAUACUGAUGUUUUUAAUCAUACUUUUCUAAGUAGAGAAAAUACAAGCCAUAUAUCUUGGAUGAAUAAUGUGAACGUAAAGGCAACACUGCUCGGCUCUGCGACCAUUGCACAAUACAAUUGUAUGUGUAUAUGUUCAGCAGCUUUCAACUGAAAGACUAUCUACAGUAUACAUCAUUGAUGGUUAUUGAAAUGUCUUGAUUUUGUUUCAACUCAGACUUGACCAAUUAAACCUGUUUGACAACAA